AUGUUGAAUAAGAUUCUUUUCCCUCCAACAGGAGGUGAAGGGAUCCUGGAGCGUGUCCCUCCAUCCCGGCCAGCACCUAUGUGGGACCAGCCACUCCCGAAGCCCUUUUUCGACAACUCCACCAGCAAUCGCGUCAUUGGCGCCGUUGGGAGGACCACCUUCCUACACUGUCGGGUCAACCACCUGGGAGACCGAGCGGUGACGUGGAUCAGGAAACAGGAUGUGCACGUGCUGACGGUAGGGCUCUUUACCUACACCACCGAUGAUAGAUUCACGGCCUUACACUCCGAGGGUUCCGACGAUUGGACACUGCGCAUAGCGUCUGCGCAGAUCUCUGACUCCGGGACGUACGAGUGUCAAAUCUCCACCGAACCUAAGAUGUCAAGAGCCUUCAGACUCCAGGUUGUUGAAGCGGAGGCGCAUGUGGCGGGCCCUCGGGAGAUCCACAUGGUGAGCGGCAGCAACAUUAACCUGACGUGCUCAGUGACGGGCAGCCCGGAGCCCCCUCAGUACAUCUACUGGUACCGAGGCACCACCCUCAUCAACUACAGCUCCAGGGGCGGCAUCAGCGUAGUCACAGACAAACACUCCCGCACCUCCAGGCUAGUAGUCACCAGGGCCACGACGGCAGACUCCGGCAACUACACUUGUGCUCCAGCCAACGCCGAGCCUGCAUCUGUCAGCGUCUACAUCCUUAACGCAGGAGAGCACCCGGCGGCGAUGCAGGGAGGAGAGAGUACCAGCAUACACUGUCAGUCACUGCUCGCCCUCAUCCUACUCGGCUCCGCUGUGGCCAAGUUCCAUGACCUCACCGAGAGAUAGUCACUUUCUUCAUUAUGUACAUGUCUAUACACACUCAUACAUGCUGUUAACAAUAAACUUUAAGCCUCACAAACUGGCCUGGAUUUUAAACCAGGGUUGUAUUCAUGCUUUCUGGGACAUUAUGUGAUUAGUUUUGUAUAAAUAACUAUUCUGUAUGGCGGUAAUAAUUUAGAGUUUGAUGAUCUGUGUUGAACUCAUGGGAAACAUUCUUACAUAUUUCAAAGCCAUAAUUAUUAUCAUAAAAAAAAAAUUACUGCAGCCAUUGGUUAAUUAAUUAUUAAUCUUUUGUUUUGUAUUAAGUCAAUCAUAUGUUUAUUGGAGUCGUUCUCUUCACCGAAACAUUAUUGUCUUUCAACUGGCAACUUUGUCACCACAAUCAGAUGACUUUGGAGUCUAAGGUAGAAUCUGUGGAAGGUGUUGAGGGUUAUUGAACUUUUUGUCAGUACUUCUAUUUAUCAUUUAAUGCAGUAGUUUUGACUCCUAUACGUUUAAGUUGACCAAUAAUAACCCUUGUUUAUUUCAAGAAGUAAAACUCUAUUUUUCAAUUUCAUAUUUAAGAACCAUUUAUUUUCAUCAAUUACUCUUCGUUCUAGUCUUAUGUUAAUAAAUAAAUAUGGCUGGUAGGUUUUAUACAAAUUUCAUACGUAUUCAGGUUUAAUAGAGACAACAGAGACAGAGGAACAGUGUGAGUUUGAUACUUGUUAAUAAGUAUGUGACUUAUACUGUGAGAGAGAGAGAGAGAGAGAGAGAGAGAGAGAGAGAGAGAGAGAGAGAGAGAGAGAGCUGCCUUCAGGACUGUAAAGGUUUCCAUAACUAAAUACUGAUGUAGAAUAAGAGAGAAAAAAAACAAAAACAAAAAACAGAUUUUUCCCGUUACCGACAAACAGCAGAGCUCCUUCAAGCGUUGACCUUCAGGUGUUCUGCUGACCCUCUACUGCGCCACCUUAGUAUUAACAUCUCUUUCAUUACUAUUACAUGCCAACUGGAACGUAAACUCGAAUGGUGAUAAUUAAGAUGAUUCAAAAGGGACGAUAAUUUGGGAGGUAAAAAUGAAGAGAACAGUUUAGUUGAUCCUUAGUUUAUCUCAGUAACUCAAUAAUUCUAUGGGGAAGUAAUAAUAAUCAAAUAUAUAAGUUAAUGAACCAGACUCCCUUAUACUCACAAAACAUAUCUUCUUAAAGUAUAUACACUGUUCCACCUCAGUUCACAGGUUCCAUCAACAGCCACAGUACACUAUUACUUAAUUCUAGUAUUUGUUUGUAAACGUUCACGAACUAAAAGUGUGUUGUAGUGGCCUCGUGUUGAAUAUAUAAAUCUGCUUCUGUCUGUCGGUUCACUUUGGUGUUUCUUUACACGGAAAAGUUGAUUGUCAAUUUUGCUAUCCGGGUCUUUGUGUUUCAGACUGUCAAGAAAUAACAUUUAUGCAUUCUCUGUCUUCGUAGUUAUUCUCUUCAGUUAAAUGAUUUAAUUAGACGAAGAAUUCUUGUAUCUCCAAAAUAAUUACAUUAUUCUUUAGUAAUUUAGUUUAUCGACUUACUUUCUGUCUCUAUGUUAUAAAGUUUUCGUAUAGAGGAAGCCAAGGAAUUUCUCUGGUGGCUGAAAUUAUUAAUAUGAUGCAUUUUAGAGAGACAAAUAUAACAAGAGAUUUAUUUUACUUGGUAACGGCAUCAAACAGCAUUUGCAUUCUGUAAUUUUGUCGUUCUAUUUUCAGUCCUUGGAACAUUGAAAUUAAUUUAUUCAUCAACAGAAACACCUGAUGGAUUUUUUUUCUCGGACAAUCAGAGCAAUAAAUAUAAAAGUCUUUGUCGUUUUAUAAGGAAUAUAAACAUUUGACCCAUAACAUGUUGAGUGAGUGGGUGAAGGUCGGGCGUGAGUGGCUCAGCACAACACCUAAGGCUUUACUCUGGUGUUGUUAGGGGACGCAGAGGACGAAAGCUGGUGUGUCACUAUAGUAAGAUGGGGAAAUAUAUUUUUUGUAAUCAUGGCAUGUGUAUAGCAUUUUCUGCUUAACUAAUUAACUUUUAUAGAAUCUGACGUAUUGGUGACGGAGUUUACCGACAGGUUUUGUAUCAGAAUACAGUAUAUAUCAUGAUGCGUCUUUUUACAUGAUCAUCCUUCCUCUGCCAGGAAUUUAAAAGGAAUAGUGAAAUCAUCACAUCAAGCACAGAUAUAUAUUCAUUUAGUUUGUAGAUUAGAGAUAUUAUUUGAAUAAUGAUAAUAAUAAUAAUAAUAAUAUAUAAUGAAUUUGUUCUUCUGAAUUCAAGAAUUUUACUGAGAUUGUGUCCAGUAUACAGUAUGUGUUUAUAUUAUAUGAUUGUUACCUCAUUACUUGUGUUACAUUGUGCUUUAUAUUAAUAUACUCACACACAAAGAUUUUCAUCGGUGAUGAUUAUUUACAGUGAUGAACUAACAGAUAUAUAUAUAUAUAUAUAUAUCACCCAAAUGAACUUUUGCAUUGAUCAAAUAAAUACGAAGCCAAUUCCUAGUACUGUAUACAUGUAAAGAGGAUGAGACUACUGUAAGUGAGCUUGUAGGUACAACUUAAGUAUUCGUAGUGUCGGGAUAUAACCGAGCUGUGUACAUACGGGAUACUUCUCUUGGUGAUGAGGUAAACAGGGUGUUGUGUAGGUGUUGGUAAUUUGUUUCACUGUCUCGCUCCAGUCGUUGUCCUUUUAUGAGUUCCCAGACCUGACCAACUCAUCAUUAUUCUUUUCCUACAAAAUCAUCAAAGGUGAUGCUGUGUAUUCAUAAUAAAACAUCUGUACUCA